AUGGAUAUGUCACACUCAGACAUGGAUAUGGGCAUGGGCAUGAGUAACAGCACCAGCACCACCACAAUGGACAUGUCUAUGAUGUCAAUGACAUUCUUCAUCUCCAAAACCACGGCCCUCUACUCCAACAUGUGGACACCCAGCACGGAUGCCGGAUACGCAGGAACCUGUAUAUUUCUCAUCAUACUCGCCACACUAUUCCGCGGUCUCCUCGCCGUUAAAGCCUGGAAAGAAAGCGCAUGGCUAGCCGCAGAAACCAAUCGUCGUUAUGUGACUGUUGCCGGAAAAGGUCCAAAAUCCGAGCGCAUCUCGUUGGAUAGUGAUUCGAAGAAUAUGGUACUGAGUGAGAAUGGGGUUGAGGAGAAUGUGGUAGUGGUUAAGACAAGAUCCAUGGGGAUUAGACCGUGGAGAUUAAGUGUUGAUCCUGUGAGGGCGGUUAUGGAUACUAUUAUUGCUGGGGUUGGAUAUUUACUUAUGCUCGCCGUCAUGACCAUGAAUCUCGGAUAUUUCCUCUCUGUCUUAGGUGGUACAUUUCUUGGAAGUUUAGCACUAGGUCGCUAUGUCAUUGCAGCUGAGCAUGAUCAUUAG